AAAUGUCAAUCUGAGCAAGGGAGUCCCAAUAAUCUAAAGCAAUCUGUAAGGACCUGACCUUAGUCCAUCCAGAUCAAUAGAAGAAGCAGAAGAAGGGGUAGAGGAAGAGAGCGGACCAUUCGCACUGGAAAUACUCUUGCUUCCCUCCGCUCUCGCACCUUCCCCUCGGCCCCCAUGCGUUCCACACUCUAACAAACCAACAACAAAAAGUGGAUAUUCCUACUUGUCGAUCGCUCCUGUCUCCGCCGUCGGCCGCUAUGUCCUUCCCCCAACUGGGCUACCAGUACAUCCGGCCCGUGUACCCUCCGGAGCGCCAGGGCAUGGCCGGCAACGCCCGGAGCGCAGCCGCCGCCGCAGCAGCCGCCGCCGAGCUCAGUCCGUCGGGAGCGCUCUCCAACGUACUCUCCAUGUACGGAGCGCCGUUCGCCGCCGCGGCCGCGCAGGGCUACGGAGCCUUCCUGCCUUACUCCAAUGACAUCUCCAUAUUUAACCAGCUGGGGGCCCAGUACGAACUGAAGGACGGCCCUACGGUUCAGCACGCCGGCUUCGCCCACCACCACCCGGCUUUUUACCCGUAUGGCCAGUACCAGUUCGGCGACCCGUCCCGGCCCAAGAACGCCACGCGGGAGAGUACCAGUACCCUGAAGGCCUGGCUGAGCGAGCACCGCAAGAACCCGUACCCCACCAAAGGCGAGAAGAUCAUGCUGGCCAUCAUCACCAAGAUGACUCUGACCCAGGUCUCCACUUGGUUCGCUAACGCGCGCAGGAGGCUCAAGAAGGAAAACAAAAUGACGUGGGCGCCUCGGAACCGAACCGACGAGGAAGGCAAUGUCUACCCUAGCGAUCACGAGGGCGAUGAGGGCGACAAGCGGGAGGACGAGGAGGAGAUCGACUUGGAGAACAUCGACACGGAGAAUAUCGAAAGCAAGGACGACCUGGACGAGCAGGACGACCUGCAUUCGGAACUCAAAAUUGACGCGAGGAGCGACUCGGAGGGUUCGGACGGCUAUGAGGAUUUACCCGAGCAAAGAUUUCUCAAGGCUGGCCUGCACCACCAUCACCACCACCUCCAAAUUCACCACCGCGGCUCGUCUCCGCUGGAGAUCAAACCUGACGGGGACAAACUUAGUUCGGGUCCGGUCAGCUCCCCGCCCUCGGAGAACAGCCAAGCGCCGGCCCAGAAACCAAAGAUCUGGUCUCUGGCGGAGACAGCCGCAGCGCCGGACAAUCCGCGCAAGUCGCCACAAGUGACUCCCACGCCCCCUACGUCCCACCAGCAACACGGCCUCAUGGCCCCGCACAGACUCAUUGCGUCUUGUCCCGCCGUUGGGAAGAUCCAAUCGUGGACAAACCGAGCCUUCUCAGCGCAUCAGCUGGCCCUGUUCAACUCCAACCACUACUUGGGCCUGGCCAACCAGGCUGGAGGCGCGCUGGCACUGUACGGAAGCAACCGGCACACGGACGACAAGGGGGCCGGGCAAGCGGCCGGUGCGGACUCUGCGCUCACAGGUACCGGUCCACGACACUGAGAAACUCGCCUGUGUUUGUGCUUGCGUGUGUGCGUGACGCGCAAAAGACUCCAAAGGCCACUUCCACUCAUUUUCUUUCCACCUUUUACUGUCCUUUUUUUUUUUUUUUGCUUGGUGAUGGAUCCUUCUUUCUGUCGGCCACACACAAUGCGUGUAUGUGCGUGUGUUCGCGUGUAUGUGUGUGUGUGCGUGCGCGCUCGCGCGCGCUUGUAUGCAGACCAGAAAGCAUUUAAAAAUAAUAUUAAUAACGUCCCCAUUUCGUGCUGCAUGUUCCAAAUUCUUUUUGCAUUAUUAUUAUUAUUGAUAAUAUUGUUUACAAUGUAAGCCAGCAACAGUCUGAUGCAUAGAUGUGUUCUAUUAAUAGGCAGUCAAUUUAAAUUUUGGUGGCCACUCAAGAGGGAAUCUUUAGUGCCUUUUGACUGCACAGCAUUUUCUUUUUAAUAAAUAAUGUCGAUUCUUUGACAUCGUGUUUUAUCUGAUUUCUCAAUGUUUCUUUUUCACAAGGCAACUGUCACUUUUUGCGUGUUUCAAUUUUUUUUUAAUUCCCAGGCCUCCUCUGCUUCUUUAAUGCUUUCAAUCUGAGUAUGGAAUGUAAAAUAGAUAAUAAUACCAUCUGUGUAUAGCUACAUUUGUAAGCAUGUUCUGUGUAAAAAAACAACAACUUGCUAAUGUAAUAAUGUAUGAACCAUGUGUGUAGUCUUUUUUUUUGCUUUCACCCUUUUCUUUUUUAUUUGUGAGGAUUUGAUGUUAUUUUUGUGUAUAUAAAGUUAAGAAAAUGUACAUACUUGUGAACCAAAAUUGUACAAGAAAAGUCUAUAUUUUUGGCUAAUAAUAAAUGAAUUGCUGCAACUUUAAA